AUGAAGAUUUUUUUCCGCUUCCAGACAUUUAGAUUUAUCUGGCUCGCCAAGCCACCUGGCCAGCACUUUCACAGAGAUCACCAGCUUUGGACACUGACUCUUGCUGACUUUGAAGCCAUACAUCGCUGUGACAGGUCGUUGCCUAAAAACUUUAACUUUGCUGGGGAUGUGCUGGAUCAAUGGUCCCAAAAGGAGAAGACAGGAGAAAGACCAGCUAACCCAGCCCUCUGGUGGGUGAAUGGCAAAGGGGACGAGGUGAAAUGGAGCUUUAGAGAACUGGGCUCCUUGUCCCGGAAGGCAGCCAAUGUGCUCACCAAGGCCUGUGGCCUGCGGAGAGGAGACCGAGUGGCUGUGAUUCUGCCCCGAAUCCCUGAGUGGUGGCUUGUAAAUGUGUCUUGCAUGCGAACAGGGCUUGUCUUCAUGCCGGGAACAGUCCAGCUGACAGCAAAAGACAUCCUCUAUCGGCUUCGAGCAUCCAAGGCCAGGUGCAUUGUGGCUGGUGAGGAGGUGGCUCCGGCAGUGGAGUCCAUUGUGUCAGAAUGUCCUGACCUGAAGACCAAACUCCUGGUGUCUCCACACAGCAGAAAUGGGUGGCUCAGCUUCCAGGAGUUAUUUCAAUCUGCCUCUGAAGAGCACAGCUGUGUGGAAACAGGAAGUCAAGAACCAAUGGCCAUUUACUUCACUAGUGGGACCACGGGCUCUCCUAAGAUGGCCCAGCACUCUCAGAGCAGCCUCGGCAUUGGGUAUACCAUUUGUGGAAGAUAUUGGCUGGACUUGAAGUCCUCAGAUAUCAUAUGGAACAUGUCCGACACAGGCUGGAUCAAGGCUGCCUUUGGUAGUGUGUUUUCUUCCUGGCUUCAGGGAGCUUGUGUUUUUGUACAUCAGAUGACCCAGUUUGACCCUGACACCUUCCUAGAUACGCUUACCACUUAUCCCAUCACGACCCUGUGCAGUGCUCCCACUGUGUACCGGAUGCUUGUGCAAAAAGACCUUAAAAGAUAUAAAUUCAAGACGCUGCGGCACUGCGUAACAGGAGGAGAGCCACUCAACCCAGAGGUGCUGGAGCGGUGGAGGGCGCAAACUGGGCUGGAGUUGUAUGAGGGCUACGGACAGACAGAAGUGGGAAUCAUCUGUGCCAAUCAGAAAGGACAAGAAAUUAAACCAGGCUCGAUGGGAAAAAGAGUACUACCCUAUGAUGUUCAGAUUAUAGAUGAAAAUGGCAGCAUUCUGCCACCUGGCAAGGAAGGGGACAUUGCCCUCAGACUAAAGUCUACAUGGCCCUUCUGUUUCUUCUCUGAAUAUGUGGACAAUCCAGAGAAAACUGCUGCCACAUUAAGAGGAGAUUUUUAUGUCACUGGAGACAAAGGAGUGAUGGACAGCGAUGGGUAUUUCUGGUUUGUUGGCAGAGCUGAUGAUGUCAUUAUAACCUCUGGGUACCGUAUUGGGCCCUUUGAGGUGGAGAGUGCGCUCAUUGAGCAUCCAGCAGUUGUCGAAUCGGCUGUUGUCAGUAGUCCAGACCCAGUCCGAGGAGAGGUGGUGAAAGCUUUUGUUGUCUUAUCUGCACCUUUCAAGUCCUCCAACCCAGAGAAAUUAACUCUUGAGCUUCAGACUCAUGUAAAAAACUUAACUGCACCUUACAAAUAUCCAAGAAAGGUGGAAUUUGUUCAAGAACUCCCAAAGACAAUUACUGGAAAAAUCAAACGCAACACUUUAAGAGAUCAAGAAUGGGGACGAAAAUAG